UUUGCUUGAAACGAGUAUUCGACACGGACACUGGACAGUCACACGGUUUUGAAAACAAAUUAAGUGUUUUACUUGGAAAAAGUAAUAGGAAUAUGCCAUUAAUACGUACUGUUGUUUCUUAAAGUUUCAGUGUUUUAUGUGCGUGUAAUAAAUACAUAUGCUUACAUGCAUAAUCCUAUGAGAAGAAACAUAUGUAAAUUAGUGACCAUGUAUAACCAUGGCAUGUGAAACAUGCCAACCCGAAAUUAGACUCAACAUGGCAGAUCUUAUGCGUUUGAGUAAUGUGGAUGUUGUUAUUCAGAAAGAAAAACUCGGGUCCCCAACUGCCUGCUCUGAUGACUGUAACAUGGCUGCACUUGGCAGUUUGGGUGUGAUGGCUGGUGGUGGCAUUGAUUUGACUGAUUUGGCGCAGGAAUUGGAUCAGGAUGAGUUUGAGGGAACACAUUUGAUAAACGGGGAACGUCCGGCGAUCAUUGCGCCUCCGGAAAGUGAAUGGUACCAUGGGCGGUUAGAUCGAUAUUCGGCAGAGUCGCGUCUACGUGGAAGCAGCAAAUUAGGAAGCUAUUUGGUGCGUGAAAGUGACCGUAAGCCUGGCUCUUACGUUCUUAGUUAUUAUGGACGCACCGGCAUAAACCAUUUUCGGAUCACAGCCGUAUGCGGAGACUUUUACAUUGGAGGGAGACAGUUCAUUUCACUGAGUGAUCUUGUUGGAUACUACACAUCAUGCAGCGAUUUACUUAAGCGCGAACGGUUGGUCAUACCAGUAGCACCGCCGGAGCCAGUCAAUGAUAAGAAGCGUGUUGUAGCGAUCUUACCGUAUACGAAAAUGCCUGAGACCGACGAGCUUAGCUUCCAAAAAGGCGACAUUUUCUUUGUUCACAACGAUAUGGGCGACGGCUGGUUGUGGGUGACUGCUCAUCGUACCGGAGAGCAAGGGAUGAUUUUUAGAGAGCUGGUGGAUGAUUUGGAUGUAUCUAUCGAUCCGAACACUGUAUUUCCAUGGUUUCAUCCCAAUUGUACAAAGAAUGAAGCGGUCGACGUGUUAGUUAAAGCUGGUCCCGGAAGUUUUUUAGUUCGACCCAGCGACAAUUCGCCAGGGGACUAUUCACUCUUUUUCCACAUCAACAACCAGAUCCAACGGUUUCGUAUUGAGAAAAAAGGAGUGCGGUAUUUAAUGGGCGGGCGCACGUUUGAAUGCCUUGACGCUGUGAUUAAUCGAUAUCGCAAGGAGCAAAUUGUAGAGGGGCACUCGCUUAACCAUCCCGUUGUUAAUGGUGCACAAACCGAGUUUAAUCAACAAUAUGUCGUGGAAAAAGCUGCUGAGAAAAUCUAUGCGACAUUACGCGAGUGUCGUGACCAAAUAGGCCUCAAAAAAAUAAAAGGUAUCAAACAUCAUGGUCAUUUGAACAAGAAAUCUGACAAAUCGACCAAGUGGAAACAACUAUACUUUGCUUUGAUCAACGAUGGCUGUGAAACUCAGCUGUGUUUUUAUGACAAUCCAAAAAAAACAAAACCCAAAGGCCUCAUUGAUCUGUCGUGUGCGUACCUUUAUCAAUGUCAUGAUUCACUCUGGGAACGCCCCUAUUGCUUUCAAAUUGUAGAGAGGGCUCUACCUUGUCUGGCCACGGUAACGUAUCUAUGCGCUCCCAGUCAGGAGAGCUAUGUGGAAUGGAUAAAUGCUCUCAAGGCGCAAUGUGACUCACAGCUUAGUCGUGCUCAAAAGAAGGUGUCACGUCUCCGCGAACUGCGUUGUCUCAAUCUUCAUGUGCUGGAGGCACAUCGCCUUCCAUUCAAACUAGUGCCACACCCAUAUUGUAGUAUCUCACUUAAUCAGGUGAAAGUGGGAAAAACUCGUGUCAAGAUCGCUCCCGAACCAGUUUGGGAAGAGGAAUUCGUGCUAGACGAUGUGCCUCCAGAUGUAGUUUCCCUAACAAUAACGUUGGUGUCACGCGGCAAGCGUGGAAAGGAUUCAGAAGUGGCGGAGAUGACUAUCGACCUGUCUGCCCUCAAGAACGGCCAAGAGACAGAAGGCUGGUAUCAGCUCACUGGCAUGACGCCCAUGGGUGAGUGGGGCUCAUUACGGCUCCGCAUGCGAUAUCUUGAUGAUCUUAUAAUGCCUUGCGAGGAGUACAGUCCACUGCAGCAAUUGCUUAUUGAGCCAGAGUUAUAUGCAGUGAAGGCGCUAGCUGAACUAUGUCACAACGAUCGAGUCCCGUUGGCCACAUCCCUGCUGCGAGUGUUUCGGCACGAGAAGCGUGAAACAGAGCUGAUCCGCACGUUAUGUCAGGCAGAGGUGGCACGUGAGAACGAGACGACAACACUUUUUCGUGGUGCCUCUCUGGCCACCACGUUGAUGGACAUAUACAUGAGGACAGAAUGUAGUGGGUUUCUGCAAUCCGCAGUAAGCGAAACGGUACAGAAAAUUCUGGAGAGUAAGCAGUCAGCAGAGCUUAAUCCGACAAAGAUGGACAUUAAUGAUGACGCCUGUACAAAUGCUGAAUUUCUCUUGCAAAUCCUUGAUCUUGUUACUCAAUCGAUAUUCACAUCGCCAGACGCAUGUCCUCGCAAUGUGCGCUAUAUCUGCAACUGUCUGCAGAAGGCUGUGAUGGCCAAGUGGCCCUCUGAGCGACUGGUGCGCACGCGUGUCGUCUCUGGAUUUAUUUUUCUUCGCCUACUUUGCCCUGCAUUGCUGAAUCCGCGUCAGUUUGGCCUCGUUAGUGAAACACCGCAAACCGCAGCAACUCGUUCUCUCAUAAUGGUCGCAAAGUGUUUGCAAAACCUUGCUAAUCUGAUUGAAUUUGGUGGUAAGGAACAAUACAUGGAGGUUGUAAAUCCGUUUAUACUAAAAAAUAAGGAGCGUAUGAUUGUAUUCUUGGAUCAGCUAUCUCUCGGUUCUGAAACGAAUGCACCGUUGGGAGUGUUUGUCGAACAGAGUUUAAAUCAUAAUGCACAAGACACCGGACGCGAGCUAGCUACAUUGCAUCACAUCUGUGUAUCAUAUUUGCCAGAACUGCAGGAGCUAUCGAACAUACUCUCAAUCAAGAAGCUCGUCACAGUUACGGAUAUGUUGACCAAGCAUAAGCUGAAAUAUCGCGAGAUGAUCAGCUAAACCUCGAUUGAAUCAGUUUAAGACUAACACAGCCAUCGCAACUUCCGUUGCAAUACAGCGCUCAGUUCUAAGUACAUAUUAGUGUUUAACUUAUUUUAAAACUGUAAUUAUGACCAAAAAUAUUUUUGGCAGUUUAAAUUUAAAAUAUUUAUGUUUAUAGAUCUUAAAAUAUGUGUGUGCUAAAUUAUGCAGUGGAUUGAAUGCAAACAAUUAUAUAUACCAUUAUUUCUUUAUACAUAUAUGCCGUAUAUUGAAUGUAUCCAUAUGACUUCAUAAAUAAAUAUAACAUUAUAUUCAACAGCUAGCACAAAAUAUUAAGUAAAAACAUAAGUGCUUUAAAAAUGGCUAAUGAUCUAGAAUUACUCAAAAUAUG